CCCUCACACACCACCACCCAGCCCGCAACCAUGUCCGGCUACGACACCGGCCGUCUCUACAGCGCCCAGGUGCUCUCGGGCAACGAUGCGUCGCGCGCGCCCGACGCGCCCGCGCAGACCGAGGCGAGCCUGUUCGACUUUGUGCAGCGCUUCCGCCUCGGCGCCGACUACGUGUACCGCGACCGCCUGCGCGCCAACCUGCUCGCGAAGCAGUACGUGCUCGAGGUCAUGCUCGAGCACGUGCAGCUCUGGAACGUCGGCCUGGCGCAGCUCAUGCGCACCGAGCCCGGCGAGAUCCUGCCGCUGUUCGAGUCGGCUGUCCGGAGAGCCGCACGCGGCAUCAUGUACCCUAUCGCCGACGGCGCGCGGCCCGAGGCGCCCGACUGCCAGGUGACGCUGCGCUCGUCGGCCAACCUGCUGGGCAUGCGCGACCUGCACGCCGAUUCGAUUGCGCACCUGGUGCGCAUCCCGGGCAUUGUCAUCGGCGCCUCGACACUUGCGUCGCGCGCUGUGCACCUGCAAGUCAUGUGCCGCGAGUGCCGCACGAGCAAGGGCCUGCCGAUCCAGUCCGGCUUCGGCGGCUUCACGCUGCCGCGCUACUGCGACAGUGCCGAGGCAGGACAGCGCUGCACCGGCGUCGACCCCUUCGUCAUCCUGCACGACAAGUGCCGCUUCGUCGACACGCAGACCAUCAAGCUGCAGGAGGCGCCCGACAUGGUGCCCGUCGGCGAGCUGCCGCGCCACAUGCUCCUCUCCGCCGACCGCGCGCUGUGCGGCCGCGUCGUGCCGGGCAGCCGCAUCAUCGCGACCGGCGUGUACUCGACGUUCACAAGCCAAAAGUCGGGCAAGGGCUCGGCUUCGGGCGCCGUCGCGCUGCGCACGCCCUACCUGCGCGUCGUGGGCCUCGAGAUUGACGCUGAGGGCGCAGGCGGCCGCGGCGCUGCUCGCCUCUUCAGCGCGGCAGAGGAGGAUGAGUUCCAGCGCUUUGCGCGCACGCCGGAGCUGUACGAGAAGUUUGCCAAGAGCAUUGCGCCGAGUAUCUUUGGCAACGAAGACAUCAAAAAGGCGAUCACAUGUCUCCUCUUCGGCGGCAGCAAGAAGAUCCUUCCAGACGGCAUGCGGCUGCGCGGCGACAUCAACGUGCUGCUGCUCGGCGACCCGGGCACGGCAAAGUCGCAGCUGCUCAAGUUCGUCGAGAAGGCCUCGCCCAUCGCCGUGUACACCAGUGGCAAGGGCAGCAGUGCGGCGGGUCUCACAGCGUCGGUGCAGCGCGACGUGCAGUCGCGCGAGUUCUACCUCGAGGGCGGCGCGAUGGUACUGGCCGACGGCGGCGUGGUGUGCAUCGACGAGUUCGACAAGAUGCGGGACGAGGACCGCGUGGCGAUCCACGAGGCGAUGGAGCAGCAGACGAUCUCGAUUGCCAAGGCGGGCAUCACGACGAUUCUCAACUCGCGCACCUCGGUGCUGGCGGCCGCGAAUCCCGUCUUCGGCCGCUACGACGACAUGAAGUCGCCCGGCGAGAACAUCGACUUCCAGACGACGAUUCUGUCGCGCUUCGACAUGAUCUUCAUCGUCAAGGACGAGCACGACGAGGGGCGCGACCGCACGAUCGCCAAGCACGUCAUGAACAUUCACAUGAACAGGCCAAACACGGACGCCGGCGCCGUGGGCGAGAUCGACAUUGAGAAGAUGAAGCGCUACGUGGCCUACUGCAAGGCUCGCUGCGCCCCACGGCUGUCGCCCGAGGCGAGCGAGAAGCUCAGCUCGCACUUUGUCGCGCUGCGCAAGCAGAUCGCGCAGGUGGAGCGCGACAACGACGAGCGCAGCAGCAUCCCCAUCACGGUGCGCCAGCUCGAGGCCAUCAUCCGCAUGUCGGAGAGCCUGGCAAAGGUGACGCUCAGCACGUCGGUGCGCGAGGAGCACGUCGACGAGGCGAUGCGCCUCUUCAAGUUCUCCACCAUGGACGCCGUGCAGGCGGGCAACGUCGACGGCAUGACGCGCGGCGAGCUGCAGGAGGAGGUGCAGAAGCUCGAGAAGGAAAUCCGACGGCGCCUGCCCAUCGGCUGGAGCGUCUCGAUGGGCCGCCUGCGCGCCGAGUUCGUCGACGGCCAGGGCUAUACCGCCCACGCCCUCGAGCGCACCAUCUUCAUCCUCGAGCGGCGCGACGUGCUGCGCCUCUCCAACUCGCGCAAGAUCCUGACGCGCACCGGCGUCUAGCGGGUCCUGCCUCCUAUCCUCUCUCCGUCUCUUACCCCGGGUCUGCUUCCUCGUUACCAUGUACUUGUAUGAUCCACGUCCGCCCACUGCACACAUCUUCACGUUGUCCGAAGCGCUGCAUUGCUCAGACCAGCUCGCCCCCACGCGACCAAGCUGGCUGUCCAGAAGCCAGGGCGCUGAAGACGCGCCUGCGCCACUCAUCCUCCCGCUCCGGCAGGGGCAG